AUGGCGGAGUCGGGGCCGGCGGCGGCCGAGGCGGUGCUGCGGGAGUUAGCGCUCUUCGAGCUGCGCUGCGACGGGGAGGAAGCGGCCGAGAAACUGCUGGAGCUGAGCCUGACGCACCGCCUGGGCCCCGUGCCGCUUGCCAACGAGCUGCUGGCCUUCGUCACCAGCAAGGACCUCGAUCCCCAGCUCACCCUCAACAGCCUCACUGCCUUUGAGCACGAGGUCCUUGCCAAGAGGGGUAGCAGAGUCUCCCAGAGGCCGAGCGGCCGCCACAGCGGCCUCCGUGACAUUCACUCCUUGCAGGAGCUGCUGGACGAGGAGGAAGAGGAGGAGGAGGAGGAGCUGUUGGAUGCUUACACCACACCAUCCAAGCCCACCCAAAAACGCCCCAGUGGCCCCUCUGACACCCCCCGCCCCAAGCGGCCCCCCUCGUCCCGCAGCCCCUACGCGCUGUUCUCCCCCUCCAGCCUCUCCCCCAGUGCCACCCCCCCCCAAAAAUAUGCCGCUAGGGGGGGGCGGGGCGAAGUGGUUGCCUCCUUCGGCAUCCCCCAGACCCUUUUUGGGGGCUCUGGGGGCUGUGCCCCCAAACUUUUCACCGCCCCCGACGAAUCCCUGACCAAAUCCUACAAAUUCAUGUUCCAAAAACCCCUUGAUAUCCGCGAAGUGAUGUGCUGGCGGAUUGAGGAGCUCGGCGCCACACUCAGGACCCACCACGGCCUCGAGGACUUCGCCUCGGCACUCCUCCCGGCUCAGGAACCUGUGACGGUGCUAGGCCAAAUCGCCUGCGACAGCAACGGGAAGCUCAACGCCAAGUCGGCCGUACUGGAGGGUGACCGGCAGCGCUCUGCAGGCGCCCGCGUUCCCCUCGACCUCUCCGAGCUCCCCGAAUUCUCCCUCUUCCCUGGCCAGGUUGGGUUUUCCCCCCAAAAGCACCUAAAUUUGGGGUUUCUGUUCCCCCCCCCCUCUUUUUUAUUGAUUUUUUUUUUU